UGUUUCUUGGUCACCUUAUUUAAAAGGUGGUGACCAGCACCCGAUCAGCUCAUCCAUACUUCUGAUCCUCGCGGGUGUCGGGGUGUUGUUGCGGGUCGGUGCCGGGACCGCUGGGGGCUGCGGGCUGCGGGCUGGAGGCUGGACUGGACGGGGAGGAGACUACAGAUGCGGGGUGGUACAAUGUGGCGCUGCGAGUCCUCCUGCACUCAGAGGACGCAUGAGAGCCGAGGACAGCCGGAGCGAACUGAAGCAGAGUUAGUGAUCAAGUCAGUCUACCUCCCAGAGUGACCAUGAGAGUCCUCCUGCUCAUCUGCAUGCCAGUUCUGCUGCUCGCCCAGGCCCCGUACCUGGAACCGAUUCCAUAUUUGGAAGAGUAUGGGCUGGAUUAUUUUCCAGAUAGUCCAGACAGUCCUGACUCCCUUCCUGGAACCUACCGGCAGCAGGUUCGACACAACCCAGCGGUCCGUCCAGGCAAAUCAGAGUCUGAUUUGGAGACGGAGCCCACAGAGCCUGGCCCUCUCGACUGUAGAGAGGAGCAGUACCCCUGCACCAGACUCUACUCUGUUCACAAGCCAUGCAAGCAGUGCCUGAACAGCCUCUGCUUCUACAGUUUGCGACGGGUGUACGUCAUCAACAAGGAGGUCUGCGUGAGGACUGUGUGUGCGCACGAAGAGCUGAUCAGAGCGGACCUGUGCCGCGACCAGUUCUCUCGCUGUGGCGUGGCGGCGCUGAGCGGCCAGUGUUCAUCACUAGGAGGAAGCUGUGGGAAGAGCUGCGGUGGCUGCUGAUGGAGGACGGAGAUCAGGGAUGCUACCUGCCCAGAUACUGCCGCUUUUCCUUCCACUUGUCCUCCACCUCCUGUUACCCGCUUUCUCCUCCCAGUGUUUCCUCGACAACUUAUUAUUCCUGUGCCAAAAGCACUCCUGCAUUUCAAGUUUCUCCUUCUGUCUCUCUUCUGACAUGUAUGGCUGCCCAGUAGAUCCUGUGUGUACGGAUAAAUAUACUCCAAAGAACAUUGAUGAUUGUAUAAAUCACUGGUGCUAUAAAAUCAUCACACUGGUGCUAUAAAACUAUUAGAGAUGCACAUAAAAACAUCUUUUUUUUUCUAUUUUUAUGAUUGCAUAUUGUGCCGUUAUAUUACUCUCGUGCUUUGUGUUUGUUGAUGUGUUACUGUACUUGUGUGGAAAAGCAGUCAUUGUCGCGAACUCAACGGCAGCCACUGUGCACUGACAUCAGACAAAACUAAUCCAGCUGCCGACACUCUCAUAGCUGAAGAUCAUGAGAUGUGUGAAGGAACAGGUGGUGAGUGACCUCAGUUUUUUGUACUACUGCCACCUGGACGCCCUCGAAACCAAGCAGCGAGCUCACAGAAACGUAUUCCAGUGGCGACAAGUGCUUUAAAAAGGCAUCUCGCAAACAGCCCCUGUACUACUGCUUUGUAAAACUGUCACUAUAAAGACCGAGAAAUAAAAAAUAAACUUUUUUUUUUUUUAACGACA